AUGGUCACCGUCCCUGGGGCUACGAACCUUGUGGCCGCCAGCCCUCGUGGCCACUACCCCUCCGUGACCAUCAUCCCGGUGGCCACCAGCCUCAUGACAACAAGCCCCAUGGCUGCUACCAGCCUCGUGGCCACCAGCCUCGUGGCCACCACCAGCCUCGUGGCCACCACCAGUCCCAUGGCUACCAGCCUCGUGGCCACCAGCCUCAUGACAACAAGCCCCGUGACCACCAUCCCAGUGACCACUAGCCCCGUGGCCACCACCCUCAUGACAGCAAUCCUCAUGGCCACCAGCCCCGUGGCCGCCAUUCUCACGACAACAACCCUCGUGGCCACCACCCCGGCGACCACCAGCCCCGUGGCCACCACCCUCAUGACAACAACCCUCGUGGCCACCACCCCAGUGACCACCAGCCCUGUGGCCACCAACCCCGUGGCUACCAGCCCCGUGGCCACCACCCUCAUGAAAACAACCCUCGUGGCCACCAACCCCGUGACUACCAGCCCCGUGGCCACCACCCUCACGACAACAACCCUCGUGGCCACCAACCCCGUGGCUACCAGCCCCGUGGCCACCACCCUCAUGAAAACAACCCUCGUGGCCACCAACCCCGUGGCCACCAGCCCCGUGGCCACCACCCUCAUGACAACAACCCUCGUGGCCACCAACCCCGUGGCCACCAGCCCCGUGGCCACCACCCUCAUGACAACAACCCUCGUGGCCCACCACCCCAGCGACCACUAG